AUUGCUCCUUUAAUAGAGAGAAACAAAUGCAUUGACACUUGGCUUUUCCCUUCUCUCAUCUGGCCUAGAAUAGAAACAAGUCUUUGGCUUUUAGCAAAAUUUAGCCACCCAGGAACCAUUGUUUUACAUAGGUCUACACCUACUAUGUAUUAUGGCUUUGUUUUCCCCAGACAGGGUCUCAUUGUAUAACCCUGGCUGACUGGAACUCACUAUAUAGAUCAGACGUCAAAUUUACAGUGAUCCAAUCUGCCUCUGCAGUGCUAGGAUGAAAGGCAUUUUUCUUUUUACUACCGUUCAUCCCUUCUGUAUGUCAUGUUGCAUGGCAUUCAGCAAGUUCGUCAGCCUUUCUGCCCGACGACGUCACCUGGCCAUGCUGCUGUAAUACAAGGUGAAUUAACAUACAUGCCCAAGGACUCUGGACAUUCUCAUUAUUGUCCAAGGUUGGAACAUCCUCCAGCACACUGGCUCAGGCUGAGGCAAAGUGAGAGUACAGUAGCUUCCUUUUAUCUUUUUAUAUCUAUAUUAUUAUUUCAAGAUACCCCGUGCAUAUCUGCAACUGUAGACAGUACUGAAUCCUAUAUAUGUUGUUUUCCUCCCCAAACUAUGCAUAUCUAUGAUCAAGUUUAAUGUAUAAAUUAGGCAUAAUAAAAGAUUAACAAUGACAGGAACAUAACAACAAUGUACCAUAAUAACAAAGUGUGUGAGUCCAGUCUAUGAAAAACUAAAUAUCGUUUUGAGUCACGGUAGCUCUGUAGCUCAGGCUGGCUCCCAAUUUGUGAUCCCCCUGCUUCAGUUCUCUGAAGAUGUCUUAUUGCACUGUAUCUUAGCAACCUCAGUAAAGAAUUUUUUUCUUACUAAGUGUAGAGUUUUGUUUUCACUUUUUCUCUUAAAAGAAGCAAUUUCUGGCUGAUUUUUGGCAUGCUCCAAAUGCCAGCAUCACUAUUCUUAUGCUUUGAUGUCAGUUGGUAAAUAAGGGCUACAGAGAUUGCAAUACACUGACAGUCAAUAGUGGAGAGUAACUGCUGGGAGGUGUUAUACAGCAUGGAACUGUGGGACAGAUGAAUCAUGUGCCAGGCAGGUAGGAACAUCACCUGCCACAGAAGGACGCCUAGCUUAAAACUUCUGAUUUGUUCAUUUUAGAAUAUUAUACACUUUAAUUUUGGUCAGUGGUUGACGAUGGAUAACAAGUCAAGAAAAGUGAAACCAGGGGGUUGAGCACUGACUGCUCUUCCAGAGGUCCUGAGUUCAAUUCCCAGCAACCACAUGGUGGCUCACAACCAUUUGUAAUGGGACAUAAAUAAAGUCUUUUAAAAAAAAAAAGAAUUAAAAAAAAAAAAAGUGAAACCAGUACUGGUCGUGGUGGUGCAUUCCUUUGAUCGAAGCACCUUUUGAUCUGAGGCAGGCACAUCUUUCUGAGUUUGAGGCAUGUCUGGCCUACAUAGUGAGUUCCAGGAUAGCCAGGACUGCAUAGUAAGACCUUAUCCUCAAGGGGAAAAAAAUGAAAGGAAGGGCUGAAGACACAGCUCCAUAGCUAAGAGCACUUGCUGCUAUGGCAGGGGGCUGGGAUAUAUUUCCCAGUGUCGACAAGGCAGAGCACAACUGCUUGUAAUUCCAGUUCCAAGGGGUCCCAUGCCAUCUUGUGGAUUCUUCUAGCACCAGGCACAAACUGGUGUGCACAUACAUACAAGCAAAACAAUCGUUCACAAAAAUAAAAAUCUUUAAAGAAAGUGAGAUCAUUUCUGGGGUGUGGGUUGGUUAAGGUCAAAAUGCCUUUCUUUCUACCUUCUAUGUAGUGCAAACUUAUUUUGGGGGGUCAAUCCAUUGAUUUUUGCUAUAAAAAAUGAAACAGAUGAAGCAUAUAAAAAUAUGGGCACUGGAGCUGCAACAAGGUAUCCUCUGUAUUGCAAGGUCACCUGUUAGGUUCUUAAACAACACUAUGAGCAAUGUAGGUCACCAGGUCAUGAACCUUUAAACUUGACUAGAUACAUCUUUAGCACAGAAAACCUUAGAGUCAAAAAACAUUGACAUUUCUUUUAAAAGUUUAUAUAUUUAGCCAGGUACAGUGGUGCACACCUGGGAUUUCAGUACAGUGGAGCCUGAGGCAGGAGGGUCCAGAGUUCUAGGUCAUCCUGGGCUUCAUUAACAGUGGAAAAAUAAGUUUGUUCACUGGCGGAAGAGAUGGCUCAGUGGUUAAGAGCACUCGAUGAUCUUGCAGAAGACACAGAGUUUGGUUCCCAGCACCAUGUUUCAUCUUACAUGGUGGCUCAGAACUGUCUGCCAGUCGGGGUCUCAGGGUCUACAAUGCCUUCUGGAUUCCUCCAGCAUUGGAUGAAGCUGGUACACAUGUCUACAUGCAGGCUAAACACCCACAAACAUAAUUAAAAAAAAAAGUUUGUUUCCUGAUUGCACUUUCUAGACAUUGCAAAGAGGAAUUAACCUUAUUGUCGACUAUGGAAAUUAUGCCAGACAGAUUUAAACGUCUGUGUACCCAGAGGGAAAAGCUAAGGAAUAUUACCUUGGUGGAAGUAUGCAUUCAUAUUUACACUUUACCUCACACCCUUAUUCCCUGAAACAUGCUCUUUAAAACUGGUUGCAAAUUGGAGAUCCAUGGAAUGAAUUCAAUCUAUGUACAUGUUCGGCCUGAAGAGUUCAAAGAUUUUUUUUUUUUUGAGUGAUACUUAAAAAUCCCUUAGCAGAUAAAAGUAGCACUUCGUUAAUGGGCAUUUUGCUGUAGCUAAGAGGUGUUUCGAUUCUAGAAACCUCACUAUCAAGCCAGCUCCAGCUCACCAUUGCUUACAGGUGGUGGUCAGGCGCAGUCGCAGUCGCAGAAGUUAAUCUUCAACCAGAGAGCGCAGAAAAUGACUAAAUCACAACCUGGAGCCUCAGUUUCCCUAUCUAUAAACGAGGCUGAUACUUUGCGUCAAUGAUAGGGAUUGCUGUUGAUUGAGCAAGUGAACUGCUGGGCACUUAACACACGGUUCAGAGACGCACCCUGUAACCCAGGCUGGCGGCCAGAGGACGGUCCUGGGAUCGGGCGGAGAGCCGCGAACCCGGCAACCCCCGCGCUCUCGGCUCUCCCGCCCGGGUUCCCCGCGCUGAGAGGCGUGGCCGGUCCUCAAACCUACAGCGGCGGCCAUGGCCUCGGUGGUGGAAUACAAAGGGCUGAAGGCCGGCUACUACUGCGGCUAUUGCGAGUCCAGGGAGGGCAAGGCGUCGUGCGGCAUGUGGGCACAUUCCAUGACAGUGCAGGAUUAUCAGGAUCUUAUAGACCGAGGAUGGAGAAGAAGCGGGAAAUAUGUGUACAAGCCUGUCAUGAAUCAAACAUGCUGUCCUCAGUAUACAAUAAGGUGUCAUCCUUUACAGUUUCAGCCCUCAAAAUCUCACAAGAAAGUUUUGAAAAAAAUGCUGAAAUUUCUGGCUAAAGGAGAGAUCUCGAAAGGCAAUUGUGAGGACGAGCCCAUGGAUUCUACAAUGGAGGAUGCUGUUGAUGGUGAUUUUGCAUUAAUGAACAAGUUGGAUAUAAAGUGUGAUCUUAAAACACUCAGCAGUGACCUCAAAGUAAGCAUAGAGAGUGAAGAGAAGGAGAAAGAAAAGAGUUUAAAGAAAGAAGGAUCUAAAGACUUGAUUCAUCCACAAGCUAUAGAGGAGAAGUUGGGCUCUGGUGAACCAUCACAUUCAAUCAAAGUUCAUGUUGGGCCUAAGCCAGGUAAAGGGGCUGAUUUGAGUAAGCCUCCAUGUCGAAAAGCAAAGGAAAUGAGGAAAGAAAGGAAAAGGUUAAAACUGAUGCAGCAGAGCUCAGCUGGAGCCUUUGAGGGCUUCCAGGCUCAAGGUCAGCCAGUAUCUUUGUUACCAAAGGCUAAAUCCAACCAGCCCAAGUCACUGGAAGAUUUGAUUUUUGAAUCUUUACCAGAGGAUGCAUCGCACAAGUUAGAGGUGAGGGUGGUAAGAUCUUCUCCACCAAGUCCUCAGUUCAAAGCCACAUUUCAGGAGUCUUACCAGGUCUAUAAACGUUACCAGAUGAUUAUUCACAAGGAUCCACCUGAUAAGCCAACUGUGAGCCAGGUGAGGCUAGUACCUGCCUCCUUUGAGGACCCAGAGUUCAAGUCAUCCUUCAACCAGUCCCUUUCUUUAUAUACCAAGUAUCAAGUGGCUAUCCACCAGGAUGAACCUGAUAUAUGUGAUAAGUCUGAGUUUACAAGAUUCCUUUGCAACUCACCAUUGGAGGCAGAGCACCCUGCUAAUGGACCAGAAUGUGGUUACGGCUCUUUUCACCAGCAGUACUGGCUUGACGGGAAGAUCAUUGCUGUGGGGGUGAUAGACAUCCUCCCAUACUGUGUGUCUUCUGUGUAUCUGUACUAUGAUCCUGAUUAUUCAUUCCUGUCUUUGGGUGUCUAUUCAGCAUUAAGAGAAAUUGCUUUUACUAGACAACUGCAUGAGAAAACAUCACAGCUCAGCUAUUAUUACAUGGGUUUCUACAUUCACUCCUGUCCCAAGAUGAGAUACAAGGGUCAGUAUAGACCUUCUGAUUUACUGUGUCCUGAGACGUAUGUCUGGGUACCCAUUGAGCAAUGCCUGCCUUCUCUGGACAACUCCAAGUACUGCCGUUUCAACCAGGACCCACAAGCAGAGGAUGAAGGGCGCAGUAAGGAACUUGACCGGCUACGCGUGUUUCACAGACGGUCUGCCAUGCCUUAUGGUGUUUAUAAGAACCACCAAGAAGAUCCAAGCGAGGAGGCUGUUGUGCUGGAGUAUGCGAACCUCGUAGGGCAGAAGUGCUCGGAGACGAUGCUGCUCUUCAGACACUGAGGGCCUGCCCCACAGCCCAGCACAGCCUGGGCCUCCUGCCGCAGCCCUGCCUGCGCCUCGCUCGGCUCCUGCAGCCACUCGCCAAGUACAUUCGUAGAGCUUUUUAAAAAUAUUUUGUGGAAUUGUAUUUAUGAGAACCUUGUGAUUAAUAUAAAGAUUUUAAAAUACUCUAUUAUCUAGUCCUUUAAUUGGGACUGGACUUUUGGAGUUUGCUUCUGGAGCAAAGUAUGCUAAAUGUCUCCAGUAAAUAUUUGGGGAAGGAAAGUGAGGAAGUGAAUCUAAGUAAUUUCCUCAUAGUUAGUUUUGUCCUGGAGAAAUUCUGACACAGAGACUAUUCUUUUAGACCAGUGGUUCUUGUGGAUUCACGACAUCGUAGGGGCCGAAUGUUAGAUAACCUGUGUAUAAGAUUCAUUCUAAUUCAUAAGUGUAGCAAAAUUACACUUAUGAAGUAGCAAUGAAAUAAAUUUAUGGUUGGUGAGAGGGGUCCCCACAAUGUGAGGAACUGAAUUAAAGGAUCACAGUAUUAGGAAGAUAGAGAACCACUGGCUAAGACCCAUGCAAGACCUGAGCUUAUGCUGGGAAAUUUAGGUGGGGUCAAAGGUGAAGUACACAUUCCCUCACUAGGAAAUGUGCCUUUCCCACAAACCAAAACUCUGUUACUCUGUUUGAUAUUAAAUUCUUCCAGUGCUACAGUGUAUUAUUAAUAGACAACCUGUAAUGAAAUGUAAACAUUACAAACAUCAGGUGUUCACUUUGGGUGUCUGUCCAGGAUGGUCCUGCUUAUGUCCGUUGUCUUGGCAUAAUUGUUUUCCCCUGUUGCUAGUGUUCCCUUGUGCCCCAGAGUUAUCUCAGUUUGGUGAUAAAAUAUACAGUGAUCUUAGUGAUGUUUGUUCUAUUUCUACAAAUCUUAAGAAACAUCUUUUAAAGAAAUGGUAACUCUUGCUUGAUCUGAGGCUUAUCCAAAGAAAAUAGGUUCCUACUUUCCAUUCUCUGGAGCUCAGGAAGCUCUCUCGUGGUUGAUGAUAGAAGUGGUUGUUAACGAGUCCUGUAGCUGUGCACAGGCUGUAGUGAAGGGGGCCAUAGCCCCUGCAUCCCUCCUCUGCUUGUGGGUCAGAGAAUAGGCACGGCCAUUGGUACUGCAGCACAGAGACAGCUGCUUACCUUUACUCCUGUGCUCUUGGGCCUUCUGCUUGCUCACCAAAUGCCUGCUGUCAGCCCGUUAAAGAGUCACUCAGACAUGGUGAGGCAAAGCUCCCCUCAAGUGUGCUAGAAGCUAGAUCAUGGGUUAGCUCUUUGUACUCGUUCUCAGCUGGACUCUUCUGUGCUGCCUGCCUGGCCUUGAACCUGUCAAGAGCACCCUAUCCUACAGUGAGGGUAGUGUUACUUUAUUUCUCUUUAUAAAAAUUACUCCAAUAGUAAGAAACUAAAAUGCUAAGAAAUUAAGAGUCAUUUAAAAUCCUCCCAGGCCUAGAGAAAGGUACAUUAUAGAAAUGCAGACAUCAUCAGUCUGCCUCAGAUAAAACCGCGCAGUCCUUGCUGUGUAGUUGCUCUCAGUGGUAACUUGUGAAUGUAUUUGAGAUUGGAGAUUGUAGAAAAUGUGAUUGGUAAUCUUGGAAUUAUUAAAUAGCAUGGAGUCAGCAUAUGUGCCCUUGGCAUUGGGUUGCCGGGCACACUGCAUCCCCCUUUUCCCUGUAGGUAGUGCUACCAGAGUUGGGGCAGAGGGUGUUCAGUCCAUUGUCUUACCCUAGCUCUGAGCUCCUCCCGCAGAGUGGAGGAAGAUGCUCACUGCCCUGUUUCUAUACCUGGGAGACUACAGAGCAACUUGGGCAUGAAAACUCUUCAGCUUAGUUGCUGUGCUCUCAUUCUCUUCCUCUCCCUCCCUCCCUCUGCCCCCCCCCCAAUAUAUUUUUUAACUAGUAUGAAAUCUUAGGGGUCUAGAUGUUGUCAAAGAUGUGCCCUUGGGUAAGGCUGAGGAGAUAGCUCAGUACAGUGCCUGGUUUUCUCUCUAGAGCCCAUGUAAAGAGGGUCUGGAGUGUGUGUUUGCAAUGCAGGCGCUGGGCAAUCAGUAGAGAAGAACCUCUGGGGCCCACCGGGAGCGUGGAGAAUUCAGAAUGCUGUCUAAAAGGAGGUGGACAUUACAUGUUGUCCUCUAUACGUGGAUUACAAAGAGGAGCUUGCUAAUGUCUUGAGCUCUCAAGUGAGUGUCCAUCACAGCUAGGUUAGGACAGUCAAGGAAAGUAUCCCAACUUGGCAUUUUUGCAAAGUCUAGUUGAGGUACCUGAUUCUGUGUCAGUGAUUUUCAUCUGAAUAAAGAUACGUGGAAUCCUUCCUUUCUGAGACAGUUUCUGUCUUCUCCUUCUUUAGCCCCUCUGAGUUCAGGUAACGUCACAGCCCCUCCAUGCCUGACAGCACGGGUUUCAUUUUGACUCUCAGUGUACCGUCUUUAUUUAAAUUAUUUUCAGUUCUCUGAGACUUCCGUUACUCUAUUACAGGUAAUCUGAGCACUUCUAUAUUCUAAGAUAGAGGCUAUAUUAUCAGAUGAAUAUAUUCACUCAGUUAAAAUUAUUUAGAUACAAAUUAUUGUUUAUGUUUUCUUUCAGCAAUCUCCUAUUUUUAUCCAUUUGAAAAUGCCAGUUUUGUGUGGUUUCUUAGCAUAUCAAAAUUAUUAUGUAGAAGAAUCUUCCUAGCUUUCUGAACAGCAAAUAGUUUGGUUUAUAAAUAUUGUAUUAUUUCAGUAUGAAUAAAAGAGAGAGAAUACAAACAUUUUACCAAAAUGAUUAUACUGUGACUGACUUAAAAGAAGGAAAUGAGUGAGGACUUGAUAUGUUUGAAUUACAAUUAUUCAAAUACCACUGGGUAUAAGGCAAAAUAAGUUUGACUGCAUCAGACAGUUUUGCUCUUGUAAAAAAGCCCAAAAUGAAAAAAAUAAUAAAGCUGUUUCUAUCUGCA